AUGAGACAGAGAAAGAGAGAAAAAAAAAAAUUUACAACAGAAAAGCAAACAAAAUCUUCAAGACCAACACAACCUUUAAAUAACCAUUACUCUAUUAAAGUCACAUUAUUCGAUCGAACAAUGGCUACUUCUCAAACCACUUUUCUGGACGAAAAUAUAGCCAGACUUAAGAAAAUGACUGACGUGGCUAAAACAAAUCCACAACAAUAUUCUCGUACUUUAACCGAUCUAUUAGCCAUCGUCAUCACUCAACCAAAUGAAGUUGAACAACAUAAAUGGAUAGUUGGGUUCUUAUAUGAUACUUUUAUUAAUAAUGAUAGCAUUGAUAUUCGUGAUAAAAACCAAUAUGCUAUUGAAUCAUUAGAUGCAUUGACUGCUUUGACAAAUAUCCGUGAUAUCACUACGUUUCGUAAAGUUAUCGAUAUUUCAUGUAUUGUAUUUAGAUUGGUAUUUCAAUAUGUUGCUCAAAAUAAUAAUGCUGUACAAAUAUGGAGUAAAUUAAUUGAAUUGAAAAACAAAUUGGUGAAUAAAUAUGUUACUACUUUCCCAUUGGAUCCAAGUGAUAAUUUGGAAUAUGAUCAAGUUAGAAAUAUCCCAACAAAAUUGGAAUUGUUGAAAUUUCUUAUGGUUGUCAUUGAUACAACUACAAGAACAGAUGUGAUUGGUGCUCCGAUUCGUAACGUUUCAAAUCAAUUUUGUUUAAAUAAUGUAUCUCCAAGUCAUUCGGUGAUUAAAUAUAAACAAAUGGAGAAUGAAGCUCAACAAAUUUUCCAAGGAUUGGUCUUGAAAGUAUUCGACAGUGAUAUUAUCAAUCCUCCUUUAAUCACAGCAACUAUAAAUCAUUGUGUUGUUAUUAUGAAGAAGAAACCUCAAUUGGUUAAAAUGUUGUUGACUAAAAUUAAUAAAUAUGAUACCAUGGAAAAAUUACGUUCUAAUUAUCAAUCGGUUGAACAAUUUAAAUUGGCUAGAAAAUAUGUUGAUAGAAACAUUCGUAUUUUCAUCCAACAUUGUCUUAAGCAAAAAUUAGUUCCAACUGAAUUCCAAAAUCCUUUGAAUAUCCAAGCUAAUGCUUUAACCGACAGGGGUGCUGAUAUUAGAAAAAAGAACAUCUUUGCUAUUGAUGAUCCAAGUAUCAAAAAGAAGAAAUUUGAAGGAUUCUAUUAUACAUCAAAACGUCUCAAGGAACCUACUUACAGUAAUUUGUAUACAUUGAAUGCCCUUGAUGAUCAAAUCAACAAAUAUGAUGUAUCUGAUAUACGUCCGAAUCUUUUAAUUCCAUUAAUAACCAAUGCAUUACAACGUGCUUCAGUUACUAGAUUAUCAAAAGGUUUGGAAAUUAUUUCUGAUCGAUUCAAAUAUGCUAUUGAAAAUCCAGUACAAAUAGGGACCGACGAACCAGCAGCAAAACGAAGAAAAACAGAUCGACCACAGCAAUCUCAAUCACAAUCACAAUCACAAUCACAACCAUCACAACAGCAACGAUCAAAACAGGAACCACUGAUAGUGAAAACCGAACCUAGAGUUAAACAAGAGCCAAAUGAAGACGAUGAUGAUAUUGAUAAUGAAGAUGAGUUAAAAUACGGUGGUGAAGUAGGUGACGACUUCUUUAAUCCCGAUGAAAUCUUUGUAUUACCUCCACCAACAGAUGUUGCAUUCCUGGAAAGAAAACUGAAUCUUAAAGUUAUCAUUAAUAAUUUCUUAUCAUUAGCAAACAAGAGUAUUGGAAACAAAGAAGAUUUGGAAGUUCCUGAACUUAGUGCCGAAGAAAGACAUAACUUGAAAUUUGCUUUACCUCAUAUUGCCAUGAAGGCUUGGAAAAAGGGAAGUUGGAUAUUAUUAUUGACAAGAUUAGCUAGUAGAGGUAUGAGAAUAAGACACUAUGAUAAUCCAAAUGGUACCAAUUCACCAGAUGAAAUAAACAAACAAGAAAUGGCCGAUAUGAUUAGAGAAGAAAUCAUGAAGUAUUGUUCUGCCAGUAUUCAUAGCAGAAUCGAUAUUAUUAUAGAAUGGUUAAAUGAAGAAUGGUAUAGUGAAAGAGUAUUCCAACAAAGUGAACUUCUCAAACAAGGAAAAAACAUUGACAAGGAAACUAUUGUUACUCCUAUUUAUGAUAAAUGGUGUGCCAAAGUAUUUGAUGCUAUAAUUAAUUAUAUUGAACCGCUGGGGAUUAAGUUAUUUAUUAGAUUAGUGAGUGACUUGCCUGAUUUGAAUGAUAAUGUCAUUGGUAAGAUUAAAUCGUUAUGUUUUGAUCCCGUCAAAUCGAAUAUUGGAUUCAUGGCAUUGCAAUUUUUAAUUAUGUACAGACCACCAGUCAAGGAUAGUUGUAUUAGAGUAUUACGAGAAUUGGCAGAAAGUGAUCAAGAAGAUACAAAAGCUGAAGCAUCAAAGAGAUUAGCCAAAUUAGAAAAGAAAUAG